ACGGAAAGCCGAACCAAAGAUUUCCUAUCAAUCGCAAAGACGUACUACGGCAGUCGCACUCCGUUUAGGAAGGAACGAUUCUACAAAGCCCUCCUACAAACGUUCCUUGGCAGCACUAGCGCAGUCGAUUUCGAAUGGGACUUCAUGGAUCUAGGACUCGUUUAUCGGAGCAAGGAUGUCUCCCGGAUUGGAACUCAGUACCACAUUUUAUGCCGCCCCGCCCAGAAGGCUCUUCUUGAGCUGUUCAAGACGCUUCCACUACCUGAGGAUACCAAGAAACGAAUUUGAGACGGCACUGUGUCAUCAGCUCAUAUGUGCCACCAAACCAAUCGUGCUCAAUGCGACAGAUCUCAACGGCAGAAACCCGACUAUCAUUUCACUGGAUUUUUCCCACUGUGAUACCCUCCAAAUCGACAGGACUUCUCUUGGAUCCGGCCACGAAAACGUUCUGACCCGCGGCUACGAAGGAUAUCCUCGGUUUGACUUCAUGCUUGGACCGCUGUUCAUUCAGGCAUCCAUCAGUGACUUUGGACAACACAAUAAGAAGGACUCGGCAGAUAUCCGCAAGGCCUUCAACGACAGGGAUAACGAGGGAACGAAUCAGAUUGAGCGUUACCUAAAUGAUAUGUUUGGUCCCGGUCACUCCGCGAAGAUAGAGGACAACAGGUUUGUUAUCACCAGGGACGGUGUGCCUGUGCCUGGAUUUCGUAUAGUCUACAUCCGUGGCUCUCCCGGCAAACCUGCGCACCGCGAGUGGGUUGACAAGCUCCCUGAUCUUCUACAUAUCACCUUUGAGGAACUCACGGAGAAACUUUUCAAGAAUAUAGUUAGUCAGUCCUCCAGGGAGUAGAACUUUAAUGCCUCCUCCAAAUAAUCCGAAUGUGCAUUGCCACGUUUUCUUUGCCACCGCUCCCAUCCCUUUCCUUUGCUGUAACUGUGGAGAAAAUAAAAAAGAGGAGAAAGUAGCGAAACAUGGAAGCAGUUUUUCACGGUAGUGUAUAAACAAGGCCCUACGUUCACUACAACACGUUUUUGCCUCAGUCUUUAUUCAUCAAAAAGUGCCCAUAAACACUACACGCUCACUGCGUCGUUGCAAUCAAAAUGCCGAUUCCUAGGACUAUCA